AUGGCUGUAGAAAGGGAGGAGAAUGAGCUUAGCGAGGCAGUUAGAGGGCUGUUUGCAACAGUGAGAGGGGAACUGGCAGCAGUGAGGGAGGAGCUGGCAGUAGUGAAGGGGGAGGUGGCGGCAGCAGUGGCGGAGAAGGCGGCACAGGAGAGUGAACGAGGGUUGUUGUUCAGAGCAGGUGCGGCGCACGCCCUGCAUUGGGCUCGCCCCAUCAGUCAUGGCUCGGAUGACUGCAGUGGCCAUGCUGCUGCCAGGGCUGCUGCUCGCCCUCCUUCUCGCCACUGCCAUCAGCAUCACACCAAUUGGCAGGCAGGGACGCUUCCUGUCAUAUGCCCGCCAGCUGCCCUCACAGCUCUCCUGCUGCCCUCACAGCUCUCCUGCUGCCCUCACAGCUCUCCUGCUGCCCUCACAGCUCUCCUGCUGCCCUCACAGCUCUCCUGCUGCCCUCACAGCUCUCCUGCUGCCCUCACAGCUCUCCUGCUGCCCUCACAGCUCUCCUGCUGCCCUCACAGCUCUCCUGCUGCCCUCACAGCUCUCUUGCUGCCCUCACAGCUCUCCUGCUGCCCUCACAGCUCUCCUGCUGCCCUCACAGCUCUCCUGCUGCCCUCACAGCUCUCCUGCUGCCCUCACAGCUCUCCUGCUGCCCUCACAGCUCUCCUGCUGCCCUCACAGCUCUCCUGCUGCCCUCACAGCUCUCCUGCUGCGUAA